AUGUGGGCUGCAGAGAGUCUGCCCGAGGUCUUCCCCAACAGCUCAGAGAAAAACACCACCGGAGCCAAGGACUGGACCGAGGUGUAUGAAGCCGUCAGGUGGAUCCAGCUCGCCAUGGCUCUGCUCAGUGUUCUGGGUUCAGGCUCCAUCAUCGUCUGUGUGAUGUCACAGAGACUCGGCCGGAUGCCGGAGCUGCAGCCGCUGCUGCUGCUCAGCGUGUCUGACCUGCUGCUCGCCUUCUGCUGGCUCAUCGGAGUGGCGCUCUUCUCUCAGCGCUGCACACACUGUUACAACCUGCACACUGUGGAGCAGAUUCUGUACAUGGCGUCCUUCUUCUACACCCUGAACUACAUGUGGAACCUCUACACGGGAAUCCGAGAGAAGUACUAUGGCUGCAUGGAUGGAUAUGUGCAGAUUUCCAACAGAGUGAGCACCGCUGGCAAAAUCACUGCGCUGCUCUCUGGUCUGAUUCCUGUGAUGCUGAUGAUGCCCGUGUUUAUACAAGGAAACAUCAGCCAAUGUCAGGCCAACUUCAGCGAGCCCUACAGGUGUCUGCUGAUGCACACCGGAGAGCUGUAUCUUACCUCGAAGCACCAGCACCUAAUCAGAGCCUGCGGCGUGCUGCACACCUACAGCAUCGGCGUCUUCCUCGCCACCUUCCUGCUCACGCUGCUCAGCAUCAUAGUGCUCGUGGUUAAAGCCCGUCAGAUUUACAGGCGAGUCGUGACGUCGACCGGUUACCUGGGCAACGAGCAGCGGGCCUCCUUCCGUGUGAUGGACCGGCGGAUGCUCCUGUACCCGCUGAUCUUCUUCUGCUGUUGGGGUCCAGCUGUGGCGCUGGCAUUUCUGCGGGUGGCGACACCCUCCGCAGGUCACGGCUUGGCAGGGGUCGUCCUCUACAUAUUUCAGGCUUGCACCUCGGCCUCUCAGGGUUUCCUCAACUGUCUGUUGUACGGAUGGACCCGUGCACGUCUCCAGCGAGCCGGCAGGAAUGUUUUAUCUCGAGACAUGGACACUCAGACGCCUCUGCUGAGAUCCCAGAAGAUCAUACGCUACCAAGCACUGCGCUCCUUCUGAAAAAGACAGACGAGGAGUGGCACGCUGGAACUGAAAGUGAAACUGAGCAGGUGCUUCUACUGUCAUCUGCAGCAAAAGACUCGAGAGGAAAAGUCUCAACUUUCACUUUCCGUGAGCGGGGAAACCCCCGCGGCUGGGUGUCUGAAGAGGACCAACACUUCCACCUCUGAUCCUGAACCGCCGAGGCAAGAAACAGCCAGGGGGGAGUUUACGCUGAGAGAAACAGCGAUAACGAAAACAGGAUUUGAAAGAGACGUUCGUGCAUUGACUCUGAACUGACAUAACCUCACAUGUGGUUGGUUUUAACGUCAUUAUCUGGGUCAAAUCUGUCUGUACGUGUAGUCCUACAUGUGAAAUAUUAUUGUUACCAAUGAGUGUCAACAGGAUCGUAAUAGCAGGUUUAAAAAUGUAAACCUGUCGACUAAUUUUUACUUCUU